AUGCUGAUAUCUCUACCCCCCGUUGUUUAUGUAUCGCCGCUCGCGUCGCCCGCUGCGGACGAGAAAAGUAAUAUGGCCGGUUUCAUGAAAGAACUGAGCGCAUUGAAAGCAUCAGAUGUAUCCCUCAGGAAGCAGCUAGAUGAUGCUCAAGCUGAGUUGGUUGCUCUGCAAGAGCGUUUUGCUACGACUAAAGCUGCUAACGCAGACAAGGUGUUUGCGCUAGAGGAGCAAAGUAACAAGUGGAAAAUGGAGUUAGCGGUUGUGACGGAAGAACUACAACGUCUAAACACUGUUGUUGAAGUGCAGCAGAAAAUGGCUCCAGAUUCACCGACUGGCGUUCGAGCAACUGCAGUCCGGACGCAAGAGUUAUUGGAACAAGUCCAGGGGCUUGAAGCAGAGCUAGCAGAUGCUAAUACAGAAAUUACCUUACUUACGAGGGCCUUGGACGUUUGCCGAAAGGAGUUACAAGAAGCGCAGAAUCAACUCGAUCAGCUUGCAUCACUGUCUGAACCGGAGAGUUGUAAAGAUUCUAGCGCCGUUUUGAAGAUGACGAAAGUACUGGCUGCAAAGGAAGAGAUAAUCAAGAAGAUGCGUGUGGAGAUACUAGAAUUGCAGGAAGAGAUACAGACGCUCCAGGAAGACAAGUCAGCUCUUAAACUUGAACAGGAGAAAGGAGAGUUGAAUGAGCUGCAAGCUUGUCGAAAUCACAUCCAGUCUGAAAAGGUGCGUGCGAUGCAAGUGCAAAGGCGGCAGACUUUAGUCUCAGGGUUUAAAAAGCAAGUGGCGACGAUUGUAGACGAGCUACAAAAGCGACUGGAGGAACACUCAAGUGCGUUCCGUGAAGUUUGCGAUUUUCGUGAUGAACAUCGUGCUCUUCUCUUCAAAGACGAAGAACAUGGCAACGCGCCAUACGGAACGGGACAAACUGAUAAUCUAGAGUUUGAAGAGUGUUUGGUGAUGAAAAGCGGCGUGGUGAUUAAGGCUGGUGCGAGUUUUCAAUUGCCGGUAAUAUGUGAGAAAAUCGGGAGGCGAGUGGUGUGGAGUUUCUCUAUCAAGGAGGAUGGAGCGGAUGUCACAUUUAAGCUUUCUGCAGUGACAAGAAAGGAUCCCACAUGUACCGAUACAAUCGAGAUUGUAUCUCCCGAGAGAAUGAAUGAAAUGUCAGGAGUGUUUCCAGUACAGCAUGACCACAUGACGCUUUUGUUUGAAUGGGAUAACUCAUUCUCGUGGCUCAAUGAGAAAACAUUGGAUUACCACGUUUCGAUUCAAGAACCAUUGACUUCACAGGCAAAAAAGCUUCGACGUUGUGAGCGUGAAUUGCAGACCAAGACAAAGGUGUUGGAGAGUGGUCUUGAUCUACUUCAAGUCGAAGCUCAACGCCGCUUGGCAUUGUCUGAGACGUUAAAACGACUUGAUGAAUAUGAAGCUGCCAAGGAAAACCAUUUGGCUGAAUUUAAGACCCGCAAGACGGAGCUAUUGACACAAAAGACACGUUAUCAGGAAGAAAUGGACGCUCAGAAGACGUUGUUGACAGCGAUAUUAAAAGAACAGGAUGAGCUCGAGGAUAUUGAACAAAGUAUCAUGAACACAUGGGAGACUGCAAUUGCUGAACGGCAAGAUGUUGAAUUGACAUUGGAAUUGACAGGAAAUGGUGCACCAUUAGAGAAUUUGGCUCAUAGGAUUGAAGAAGAAGCAGCAUUUGUAGCUGACGAGCUGAAGAAUGGGAGCAUUUAUACCAAGGAAGGGAUUCCAGUCAUGAGUGAUCUUGAAACGUCGCCAACCAGUAGCUGA